GCGCGUGAGUGCUCGCACAGCAACGAUGAGAUUAAUGUAACAUUAUGAGUGUGCACCUGAUCAUGACAUCGCUAAUAAGUCGCUACACAACACGUCGGAGGUCCUUUCAUCACGGUACAUCAAGUCAGCCCCAAAAUGCCAGCGCGGAGAUAUAUGCAUAUAUCGUACACGUCAAGCGAGAACACGGCUGCGAAGGAGCGGCGCAUGAACAGUGGAGCCAGCGAUUUGCCCGCAGCGCCAGAAGCCUCCGACGAUCAGGCAAGGCUUCGGGCUUCCAGCUCCAAGCUCAAGGUUCGUCCACGCACUGCCCGCACCGACGGGUGGGCGCAGAGAAGUUGUGGAAGUGUGCAGCGGUCUCUGAUGACGCGCGAUGCAGCUACGCCCGCUCCAAGUUGGAUGCGACGCGAUGUGCGAAUGUGCUUCCGCCGAGUCUGACAUAUGCAUGGCAUGGCACGCGCCGCUGCGCCAAACCAAACCAUCCCCUCCACCCUCCCUUCCACGCGCGUGCGGGCUCCACUCUUCCCAUAUGCGGUGACCGACGAGCGAGAUGCCAUCUGUGGGUUCUUGCGCAUCGGACGCGACGGGCACAUAUCGUGACCCACUCAUGCCACGCGCUCUCGCGGGAACGUGGUAUCACUGGCAAGAGCGUGGCAUGCGCGUUCGAGGGCUCCGCCCGUUCCCGUCGGUCCAGCGUAGUCCGCGAUGACGAUGGUGCCGCCGCUAGAAUUAGAAUUGGAAAACUAAACUUUGAACAUCGCCUCGUUGCAAAGGGCACCCUAGGACAAAUGCAUAUAUAACAAAGAGCAAAACGUUCGGCGUGAGAGAGAGAAGCGCGCGCGCAAAUUUUUUCACUAACCGCCCGGCGGACUGCCCGUUGUCGCGCUGCAGGAGAGGCCCUAAGGCCGUGCAAUCCCCGAAUGAACGAAAU